AUGCCGGCUGACGUGCAGACCGUGGAGGAUUUCCGGCGGGCCGCUGUUGAGCAAGAGCAGCUACGCGGCGUCCAGCAGAUGAAAGAGGACCUCAACAAUUUCAAUGUUCAUGUUCUUAACCAAGAAAACCUAGACUCUUUAGGAGUUGUCAUGGGCCGGCCGCUUGAUGUCGACCACGACGGGUCGUGGGAUUUUGGCACCCGCUUCUUUCAGCCUUGGGUCCCCGAAGCGGUCGUGGCCAACGCGGCUUCCAACUUCACUUGGAUGGAUCAGCUCAUAAAAGGGAUGACGCCCUCCGAAUGGGAGUAUGGCUACAACAAGGCCGAGUUCUUCCACUAUUGCCUCGAGAGACUGUACGAGAUGGAUCCGGAGCUCUGGGAACCCUGGAAAAUCGACCCUCAACAGAUUAAACUAGGCACAGGGCUCGAACUUCCUCUCUGCCGAUGGCGAGCCUGGGACCCCCUUGCCGGCGAAUACGUAGAGAGGCACUACGAAUCGGAGGCAGCCUACUUCCCCGUCGACGGAACCAAACCCCACGUUGCUUGUUUCGUCAUAGAUUCCAACGUUGUGCCAGGAGGUCAGGUCCUCUACAGCGAUGUCGACUACGCCCUUGCCUUGGCCAAGUUCCGGCUGGACAAGGGCCAACACACGGCCCACCACACCAAACCCGGCAUAACCUACACGCUCGAGCGGGACCGGUUCGCGCGCAUCACCCAGGCCCACCUGGACGCCAAGUCCCACAAGCUGGUGCUGCGCCAGUCGCGCCAGCUAGACCUGCGCGGGCCCGAGCCCACCCCCGACGCCUACCUGCUGGUCCGCUGGAUGGCGAGCCGGCCCGCCGGCGACACCGAGGACGCCGACGAGACGGAGCCCGCGAAGGACGCCACCGCCGCCGCCGACCCGCCCGGCACGGCGCCCAAGCUCCUGCCGGGGUGCGCUUGA